AUGCUUUGCCCAACUGGGAGUCCAUUGUGCCAAUAUAUUGAUGAAUGUGAUAGUUUACCAUGUCAAAAUAAUGGUAUUUGCCAAGAUCUAGUCAAUGGAUAUGAUUGCAUUUGCAUUUCUGGGUUCAUUGGCAAUAAUUGUGAGACAGACGUAGAUGAAUGUGCCAGCACACCCUGUCAAAAUGGAGCAGCCUGUGUGGAUGAUAUUAAUAGUUACAGGUGUACAUGUCUACCGGGCUUCGAGGGGUUUACCUGUGACAUAGACAUAGAUGAGUGUGCAAGCAGCCCUUGCCAGAAUGGUGGAGUGUGCAGUGAUCUAACUGGUGUCUACACAUGUACCUGUCAAGAUGGUUUCACAGGAGCAAAUUGUGGAACGAUCUUAACUGAUGACUCUGUCCCCGACCUUUUUUCGUCAUCCGAAAGUUUCAUUAUUCAGAUCCCUGGAUUUGGAAGUUGUGCCAGUAAUCCGUGUCAAAAUGGCGGAGAAUGCGAGGAAGAGAAUGACGCAUAUUCAUGCAUAUGUCCCGAAGGCUUCCUGAGCUUAAACUGUGAUAUAAUUGACCUCUGCUUGGAUAAUCCUUGCAAAAAUGGAGGUAUAUGCAACAUGGAUGGAAGCACAUUUGGUUGCACCUGCACAGGUGGAUUUACAGGUGACACCUGUGAUGAAGAUAUUGAUGAAUGUGUGAGCAAUCCAUGCAGCAAUGGAGCCUGUAGAGACAUUGUUAAUGCAUUUGCAUGUGAUUGUCAUGAAGGCUUUACAGGACCAAUGUGCAAUAUCAAUAUCAACGAAUGUGAAAGUUCCCCAUGUUUAAAUAAUGGUGAAUGUCAGGAUUUGACUGGAAGUUAUAAUUGCAUUUGCAAAGAUGAUUAUCGAGGUGAGAACUGUGAGGAACCUCCUUUUUGCAUUGAUGAUCCUUGUAAAAAUGAAUCUCCAUGCAUAAACCAGGCCAAUGAUUAUGAAUGUCUUUGUAGUGGAGGGUUCACAGGAAAAAACUGCAGCAUAAACAUCAAUGAAUGCGAAAGUGCUCCCUGCCUCAAUAACGCUGUUUGUAUUGAUCAUGUCGACCAUUACAAUUGUAACUGCGCCUCUGGAUUUGCAGGAGAAUUUUGCGAGAAUGACAUCGAUGAGUGUUUGGAAGAUCCUUGCUUGAAUAAUUCAACAUGUCAAAAUUCUGUUGGUCAUUUUGAAUGUUUAUGUGUUCUAGGCUUUGUAGGGCACUAUUGUGAAACUAACAUAGAUGAUUGCAUAGAUUCACAUUGCGAAAAUGACGCAAAAUGCAUCGACCUAAUUAAUGAUUACCACUGCGAAUGCCCAUCAGGCUGGACAGGGGAUGUUUGCAAUGUUGAAGUUAAUGAAUGCGAUAGUCAUCCAUGCUUUAAUAAUGCUACGUGUGUUGAUGUUUUCAAUGGAUACAAUUGUACGUGUAUAGAUGGGUUUGUUGGAUCCAACUGUGAGAUCGAUUAUAACGAAUGUAAUUUAAAUCCGUGUCAAAACAACGCAACAUGUCGAGACGGUGUCAAUUAUUUUAUUUGUGAUUGCUUGCCGGGUUUCAUCGGUUCAGACUGCGGAACCAAUAUUGAUGAAUGCGAAAGUAAUCCUUGCUUCAAUAAUGCCACAUGUAUUGACGGAAUAAACAACUACCUUUGUGAGUGUUUGGAGGGGUUUGUUGGAAUCCGUUGCGAGCAGGAUUUUGACGACUGUGCAAGUGAUCUUUGUCAGAAUAACGCCACGUGUGUUGACCUCAUUGAUAACUUCCGUUGCAAAUGUGCUGCAGGCUAUUCAGGAAAUCAUUGUGAACAGGAUAUCAACGAGUGUGAAAGUAACCCCUGUCAGAAUAAUGGAACAUGCAAUGACUUACUUAAUAGAUUUGGGUGUGCAUGUUUACCAGGUGUUACGGGUACAAUGUGUGAGAUUGAUAUAAACGAAUGCACCAGUUUGCCAUGCAUGAACGGCGCGGAGUGUGUUGAUAUGCGUGAUGAGUACACUUGCUUAUGUUUGCCAGGAUUUGAAGGCAGCAACUGUGAAGUGAACAUUGAUGAAUGUCAAAGUUUACCGUGUAUGAAUGAUGGCGUGUGCCACGAUUUACAAAACUCUUUUAGUUGUAGUUGCUUGGAUGGCUUUGGCGGAUUCUUAUGUGAAACAGUAAUAGAUGUUGAUGAGUGCGAGAGUGCUCCUUGCAGGAAUAAUGCAACAUGUACAGAUUUAGAAAACGAAUAUGCAUGUGUCUGCCUACCAGGUUUCAGCGGUCAGGACUGUGAUGUUGAUGUAGAUGAAUGCAAGAGUAAUCCGUGUCAGAAUAACGGCACAUGUCACAAUGAGAUCAAUGCAUACUGGUGUACAUGUUUGCAAGGUUUUGUUGGAGAAGCAUGUGAAGUGAAUAUUAAUGAAUGCGAGAGUAUCCCAUGCCUUCAUGGGGCCACCUGUAUAGAUGAUGUCAAUGGUUACACCUGUAUAUGUGGUUCUGGCUACAAUGGCACAAAUUGUGAAGAGGAUAUAAAUGAGUGUGCAGGAAAUCCCUGUCUGAAUAAUGGAACAUGCGAAGAUCUGAUUGGUGCUUAUAAUUGCUUGUGUAGUUUAGGGUAUAGCGGUGAUUUUUGCGAAAUGGAGGUUAAUGAAUGUGAGAGCGCACCAUGCCAAAAUGGAGCUGAUUGCAUCGAUGGUCUGAUGAGCUAUGAAUGCAUCUGUGUUGCAGGAUUUAUUGGUUCGUCAUGCGAGAUUGAUGUGAAUGAGUGCGAGAGUGAUCCCUGUCUAAAUAAUGGUACAUGCCUAGAUAAUCACAAUGCCUAUCAGUGCCUAUGUGUUGAGGGAUUUGUAGGCCCCACUUGCAGUGAAGAUGUUAAUGAAUGUAGAAGUGCACCUUGCAUGAAUGGUGCUGUCUGCCUUGACCAGGUCAAUCAGUACACUUGUGAAUGUGCACCUGGAUACAGUGGUGUGAAUUGUGAGGUGAAUAUCAAUGAAUGUGCUAGCAGCCCUUGUAGACGUAAUUCAACGUGUGUAGAUAACGUGAAUGGAUUUGAGUGCAUCUGUGAGGCAGGGUACAAUGGAACCACUUGUGAUGUAAACAUAGAUGAAUGUAGAAGUCAACCAUGUCAGAAUAAUGCAUCAUGUAUUGACUUCAUUAAUAUAUAUGAGUGCAUUUGCAUUAAAGGUUUUACAGGUGUCAAUUGUGAAGUUGAUAUUGAUGACUGUGUGCCUUUUCCCUGCUUGAAUAAUGGAACAUGCCUAGAUGCUGUAAACAACUAUUCCUGUGUGUGUUUUGAUGGUUAUGAGGGUUUUGACUGUGAAGUGGAGAUAGAUGAAUGUCUCUUAUCACCCUGCAUGAAUAAUGGAACAUGCCUAGAUGCUGUGAACAAUUAUUCCUGUGUGUGUCUUGACGGUUAUGAGGGUUUUGACUGUGAAGUGGAGAUAGAUGAAUGUCUCUUGUCACCCUGCAUGAAUAAUGGAACAUGCCUAGAUGUUGUGAACAACUAUUUCUGUGUGUGUCUUGACGGUUACGAGGGGUAUGACUGUGAAGUGGAGAUAGAUGAGUGUCUCUCAUCACCCUGUAUGAAUAAUGGGACAUGCCUAGAUGCUGUGAACAACUAUUCCUGUGUGUGUCCUGAUGGUUAUGUGGGUUUUGACUGUGAAGUGGAGAUAGAUGAAUGUCUCUUAUCACCCUGCAUGAAUAAUGGAACAUGCCUAGAUGCUGUCAACAGCUAUUCCUGUGUGUGUCUUGACGGUUACGAGGGGUAUGACUGUGAACUGGAUAUAGAUGAAUGUCUCUUAUCACCCUGCAUGAAUAAUGGAACAUGUCUAGAUGCUGUCAACAAUUAUUCCUGUGUGUGUCUUGAUGGUUUUGAGGGUUUUGACUGUGAAGUGGAGGUAGAUGAAUGUCUCUUGUCACCCUGCAUGAAUAAUGGAACAUGCCUAGAUGCUGUGAACAACUAUUUUUGUAUAUGUCCUGAAGGUUUUGAGGGGUAUGACUGUGAAGUGGAGCAAGAUGAAUGCCUUUCAUCACCCUGUCUAAAUAAUGGAACAUGCCAUAAUGAAAUAAAUUAUUAUAAUUGUUUGUGUGCCCCAGGAUUUGAAGGAGAAACAUGUGAGAUUGACAUCAAUGAGUGUGAGAUCGACCUUUGUAAGAAUAAUGCAACAUGUGUGGAUCUCGUGAAUAGUUAUGCUUGCUCAUGUGAGGAUGGUUAUGUAGGAGAGAGAUGUGAACUUGAAGUGGAUGAAUGCAGUAGUAGUCCUUGCAAGAAUGGUGGCUUGUGUGUUGAUAUAGUAAACAUGUUUACAUGCACAUGUCCAGUAGGGUUCACUGGCACCUUCUGUGAAAUCAACAUUGAUGAAUGCAGUAGUGAUCCUUGUCAAAAUGGAGGAUUCUGUGUUGAUCUCAUUAGCAGCUAUAGCUGUGACUGCAUCACCGGCUACACUGGAGAACACUGCCAAAUAUUUUUUGAUGUGUGCCGUAGCAGUCCAUGUAGGAAUGGCAGCCCGUGUAUCAAUGAUGGCUUUGGAGAAUUCACUUGCGCUUGUUUGUCAGGAUUCAGUGGAAUACAAUGCCAAGAGGAUGUCAAUGAGUGCUUAAGUGGUCCGUGUCAGAAUGGAGGAAUUUGCCAUGAUCUUAUCAAUGAAUACGAAUGCUCUUGCCCAGACACUUUCAGUGGUACAGAGUGUGAAAUGCAAAUUAUUGUUGUUCAAACAAACUUUUGCUUGAAUGUUGUCUGUCAAAAUGGAGGCACAUGUAUCAGUUUGGAUUCCGGGUUUAAUUGUAUAUGUUCCUCGGGCCAUCAAGGGUCACACUGUCAGGAGGAUGUGGAUGAGUGCAGAAGCAAUCCAUGCCAGAAUUCUGGCAUCUGCAUUGAUUUUGUAAACAGCUACAAGUGCACCUGUCCAGACUAUGCACAAGGUAAUAACUGUGAGUUUUUGCUGAACAGAUGCAAUAGUUCGCCGUGUUUAAACGGUGCAUCCUGCUUGGACAUACCCGAUGCGUUUAUUUGCGUAUGUGCUCAAGGAUUUGAGGGUGAUCUUUGUGAUAUUGAUGUCAAUGAAUGUGCCAGCAGUCCUUGUCAAAAUGGAGUGUGUUUGAAUUUGGAAAAUCGGUAUGUAUGUGACUGUACAGCUGGAUACGAAGGCUUCCAGUGUGGAAUCAACAUCAAUGAAUGUUCAAGUAAUCCAUGCUUGAAUGGAGCCACAUGUCUGGAUAAUAUCAACAGUUUCUUUUGCACAUGUCCCAUUGGAGUUCAGGGAACACUUUGUGAUGAAGACAUAGACGAGUGCCUGUUUGACCCCUGCCAUAAUGAUGGUGUUUGUACAAAUGUAAUGAAAGGAUAUGAAUGCGAAUGUAUCCAUGGAUUCAAGGGUUUUGACUGCUCGAUAAUUGAUUUUUGUUUUGAUUUUUGUCAAAAUGGUGGUCGAUGCAUUGAUGAUAUUGUUAGCGGUACUUCGUGUAGCUGUCAGCUGGGAUUUGAAGGUCAACAGUGUGAGAUUAACACCCAUGAAUGCGACAGUAAUCCUUGUGUGAAUGGUGCCACCUGCCUUGAUCACAUCAAUCAUUACUCAUGCACCUGUCUACCUGGAUAUGCAGGUGUCAAUUGUGAAAUAGUGUCGGAUAUUAAUGAGUGUGCAAGUGCUCCUUGCUCUAAUGGGGCUGCCUGUAUCAACCUGAUUGACAGAUUCCUGUGUGAGUGCAGUGCUGGCUAUACGGGUGUAUUCUGUGAAAUCGAUAUCAAUGAGUGUAGUAGCAGCCCAUGUAAGAAUGGUGGAACAUGUGAGGAUAGAAUUAAUUCCUAUGUCUGUAAUUGCAACCAAGACUAUAGAGACCCAACCUGCUCAGUUGCAUCUUCAGUACCAAUAACAUUUGGAGAGAUUACACCUUCCAGCAUCGAGUUCAUCUGGUUUGAUUCCUCAUCUGACGUUGCAUAUUACAGCUUAGAGGUUACCGCAGAAGAUGGUUCUGUUCAAACCGUGCUCAUCCCUUUCACGUCCACAAGUCAUGUUGUUGAGAAUCUUCAGUCGGGAGCACUCUACGACUUCGUUUUUUCAGUUAUCAAUAAUUACGGAAAAUUCCAAAUAGCGGAGUUUUCACAAAAUACUGUUGUUGAUAUCUCCAUAUGUGACAGUACUCCAUGUCAGAAUGGCGGACGUUGUAUUGAGGAUUUGAAUGGCUAUAACUGUGCUUGCUUAGAUGGGUAUCAGGGAAUCAAUUGUUCACAAUUGAUUUUAACUGUCUCAGAUGUGACAGCCUCAUCUAUCACCUUUACCUGGCCAGUGGCAUCCUCCGAAAAAGAGGGUUAUAUUAUCACCUUGAAGGAUGCGUCCGGUGGAGUUUUUUCAAAAAGCUACUUUGUUCCUAUAAGUCACAUAAAGGGGAGUCAUUAUGAGUUAACGUUUAACAAUCUGGAUCCUAAUGGUGAUUAUACGGCCAAUGUCAUGCUUCGCACCAGUGGAGAGGAAGGAUCCAUAAUAAAAGUUAGAACAACAGCUCCGUGCAGCAGUUCACCAUGUAAAAAUCAAGCUGUUUGCCAAGAUUCAGUCUCUGGAUUCCUCUGCGUCUGUUGGCCAGGAUGGUAUGGAACAUUUUGCGAAAGAGAGGUUGUCAAUCUACCAUGUAGUAGCUCUCCAUGUCAAAAUGGAGCAACAUGUGUGAAUAAUGGAGUUGAUUUCACUUGUACUUGUCCAGUGAACUUUUUAGGAACACUUUGCUCGCAGCCAUUAAUAUUGUCAGCCUGCGACAGCAACCCUUGUCAGAAUGGAGCAAAUUGUUACAAUUUUAAUUUAGGUUUUUACUGUCAAUGCCAGUCUGGUUGGCAAGGAACUACCUGCACUCUAAGGAUUUCUACUACACUCUGUGAUAAUAGGCCUUGUCAGAAUGGUGGCACUUGCUCUAGCAUUGGCAACACUAUUCUAUGUUCCUGUCCAUCUGGAUGGGAAGGAACUCUCUGUGACACUGACAUCAAUGAGUGCAUUUCCCAACCGUGCCUUAAUGGUGGCACCUGUACAAACAAUAUUGAUGCAUUUCGAUGUCUCUGCCCUGUAGGGUUUAGUGGUUUUACAUGUGGAGUACAACUGACUUGUUUCUCUAAUCCUUGCAUGAAUGGAGGAACAUGCAUUGAGUUGUCAGGGGCAUAUAGUUGUCAAUGUAUAGUUGGAUAUGAAGGAACUAACUGUCAGUCCAGUCUCUGUACUGACACUUUAUGCAUGAAUGGUGGAACUUGUGUUAUUCAAGCCAAUGUCGCAGUUUGUUUAUGCCUUCCAGAAUUCACAGGAACACUUUGUGAAGUGAACAUCAAUCCGUGCAUGUCACAGCCAUGUCAGAAUGGUGGAAUUUGUUUUGAUAGGGUCGUCUCCUUCUUCUGCCAAUGUCCAGAUGGCUUCAGUGGUUCCACAUGUCAGCUAACUGAUUGGUGUGCUAACAAUCCGUGCCUUAAUGGUGGUACAUGCUACAGAAGUGGAAACUUUUACAAGUGUAUCUGUCAAGUGGGUUAUCAGGGCCAGACAUGUGCAGAGAUAACUAUGGACUGCCGUAAUAAUCCUUGCUUAAAUGGAGGAACCUGCACUACAACAUCUGGAUCUGUGUCAUGUCGUUGUCUUUCUGGAUUCUCUGGCACAUUAUGUGAAGUUGUGGCAAGUAGAUGUGGAAGUAGUCCUUGCCAAAAUGGAGGGCAGUGUACGGAGUUGAUAUCAGGCUAUCUGUGUUCUUGUCCAUCGGGAUAUUCUGGUGUGAACUGUCAAAUAAAUGAAGGUUGUACUCUCAACACCUGCCAAAAUGGUGGAACUUGCACCAUAUCAUCUGGAUCUGUGUCAUGUCGUUGUCUUUCUGGUUAUUCUGGUACAUAUUGUGAGGCAGUAAGUAGUGCCUGCAUCAGCUCCCCAUGCUUUAAUGGUGCCCUCUGCAUCACCACCAAUACUGGUUUCACCUGCCAGUGCUCUGUUGGAUUCUCUGGCACAUUAUGUGAAGUUGUGGCAAGUAGAUGUGGAAGUAGUCCUUGCCAAAAUGGAGGGCAGUGUACAGAGUUGAUAACAGGCUAUCUGUGUUCCUGUCCAUCGGGAUAUUCUGGUGUGAACUGUCAAAUAAUUGAAGGUUGUACUGUAAACACCUGCCAAAAUGGUGGAACUUGCACCCAGCUAACAUCUGGCUUCUUGUGCACCUGUCUCGCACAUUUUGCUGGAACAAACUGCGAAGUGCCUGUCAACUAUAACUAUUGUAAUAAUAUCCCUUGCAAUAAUGGAGCUGCUUGCAGGAACGAUAUGUUUGACCCCAAAGGUUAUGUGUGUGAUUGUACUACUGGCUUUACUGGUGAGACAUGUGCAACCCAGAUAAAUGGCAACUCAGUUAACUCAGUUUCAUUGAUGGAUGAAUGCUCUAGUAGCCCAUGCCAGAAUGGCGGAACUUGUCAGGAUGUCAUCAAUGGUUACGUCUGCCAGUGUCCGUCAGGUUUUACAGGGUACAAUUGUCAAAGUCAACUUCUAUUCGUUGGCAAGAGAUCUGCCCUGAUGACAGACAACAAACAAAUGAGGGCGCCUUACAGUGAUCCAAGGGAAAAAAUCGGUUCAUAUUUACUAAUAUUUAUAGCAUUAAUCUUAACAUGCACUGUUUUGUAUUCAAUCAUUGUUUGGUCAAAAUAAGAUUUGAUGUUUAUGCUUUUAUAUAGUAUACACCCAUUGUCAGUUUAUGGGCAAGUGAAACAAAUGCUGUUUGGUUAGUAUUUAAGAUGAAUAUUGUGUCAGAUUUUUCUUAAAAUUUAUACUAAGCACAAAAAAGCUGGAAUAUCUGACACAUAUAACAGGCCGUAAGUGGUUUGGGCCCCAUGUUGAAUGCCCCUAUUUAGUCAUGAUGUGUCUGUAUAUGGUCAUGAUGUGAUGUCAUUUUGACCAUAUUUAGGCAUGUCACAUGUCACAUGUCAAAUAAUGCACCUUGUCAGAUUACUGUCAGGUAAAACAAAUGCUGAUUGGUUAGUGAUUCGAAUGAAUAAUGGUGAUUUUUCUGUGUUUAAUUUAUAUUAAGCAGAGGUUAACAACUUACAUACAUUCUGACACACUUGAGGUCAGGUCUAAAGUGAAUUGAGACUGCUAUAUUAAUUUCAGUAUGUUAUUUAUUAACUUACUGUAUGUUAUUCAGUACCUUGGGAAACCAUGGCCUAAUGUGAAAAUCCAAGAUAGUAUAUCAGCUUACAAAUUGGAAAAUUUGUUUUUCAGAGAAGAAUUAUUUGUAAUAUUUAUAUAAAUAGUGGAGGUGCUUCUCCAUAUGAAGUUGUUGCAUUUUGUAGGACCUUAGCAGUAAUAUUCAGUCGUGGAUGAAAGGCUGAAAGGUUCAUUAUGGACUUAGUGUUUGUGCUGGUUCCGCUCUGCCUAUGGACACAGUGCUUGUUCUGGUUCCGCUCUGCCUAACAUGUUAAUUCUUAUUUUGUUAUUGUAUUAUAAGGCAGAUAAAUGAAUAAAGAAAGAAAGAAAGAAAGCCAGACCAAUACUUCAUCUUUUAAUAGACAUCUUUUUAAAAACUCAGCAAUUUCAAUGGCCCGUUUAGAGUAAUUUUGUAUGUCAACAAUUAAGUAAUGUACAUUCUACUGUCGUAUUUCAAUAGUUGUAUUAAAAUAUUUGAAAUAAUUCCAAUGUA